ACACAAUACAACUAUUUUUACGGGGGUUUUGUGGCGCCAGCGGCACAGAGGCCAAGCCUAGUUGCAACUGGAGAUAAAUGAAGUUUUGAGGUAGUCGUAAAUAUGGCUACAUUGGUUAAACCACAGAAAGAGAGAACGAAAAAGACAAAGCCCUUGCAACGAGUUUGUAAUGACGAAGAGCAAGAAGAAGACUGUGAUGAGUUAUCAACAAGUAGCGCAUUGGCCCACGCGGCCGAACAAAGACAAACUGAAAAUGUGGCGAUGCUGGAAGAGUGUCCGUCCGCCUUGGUCAAUAGCAAUACCGAACAAUCAAAAAGUCACGAGCACUGCACACCAAGCGAUGCAAAAGCUGAUAUAUCUUCUGAAAAUGAAUCGACACCCACAGCACCGCCUGCGCCUUGCGAAUGCAACGCUCCAGUUCUGACUGUUAGCAAACUGGUCCAGUACCCGGAUAUACAGGAAAUGAAGCAAAGCAAUGCCAUUUUAGAGGAGCAAAAAGCGGAGAUUUUUCAUCGGCAGCAACGCCAGCACCAUUCGUCAAGCUUUGCUAUUGCACACAGCCAACUAAAACCUUUGACGACCGAGGAACUCAAGCAGUAUUACGAUUGUGCAGACCUCGAACUGGUAAAACAAUUCGAAUUAGAGUUCCUCAUGAACACACUGCUCGAGUCGAGUGAAACGGAUCCCCUCUACGCAGCUUUGCUGGAAUACUACAACCUACAGACCAAACUUACAUCUAAUAUGCAUGACGUACAAAAAUACCGCAAGGAAUGUCUCGAUACACAGCAGGUAAUGUGGACACGGGAGCCAGUCACGCGCACUUUUAGCGCCACUUGCGGCGAUGGUAACGUGGUACGGGAAAGCAUAACUUACGAUCGCAUAAAGGUGGACAAUAUAAAGCUUGAGGAAGCAACGGCUGCGUUGACCAAGCUUUACGAUUUAGUUUGUCACACGUACACCACAAAUCUUAUAUCAGCGAAAAUCACCAAAGUUAAAAUCGAUCAACUGAUAAACGAUAUUUUGGCCUUUCCCCAUGUCGACGCCCACGCUGACAUUACAUUGCACGCUCAACUGGAUGACGAGACGCUGAAGUGCGUAUCUCAAUUGCGUCGCGCAAUAUCUAUAGUUUUUGGUUUCACUCGAAAGCCGAGCCCUAAUUCGCAAUUCGAUGCGGACAUCAAGCUUUGGCUGCGCAAGCUGGUCUCACUGCAGCUGUUGUUGGCCACUAAGGAGGAUCACUGGUUUCUGCUCUUCAACAUUCUGCGUUGUCCUAGUGGCGUGGGCGCUUGGUCGUCCGAAUUUCUUCAGCUGCCAGGCAUGGGAGCAGCAUCUUCAACGGCAACGCAGUCCAACGAACUGCCACUAGCACCUACUGCGCCAGAGCUAAGUCACUGUAUAGCUGUGUUGCAAAUUCUUUUAUUGCCCAUUAAGAAGAGAAAUGAGUUUCUGAAAAGUUGCUCGCAGGUACAUCAAGAAAGAACAGGAGCCGAGGAGCGCUGGAUACUGGUCGAUUCUGAUGGCGAAGAUACACACACACCGACAGGCGAAUGCGUGGGUCUAAAGGAAAGCGAUCUAAUUGCGUUGCUCAAUCAAAUACCCUUUGAGAAAAUCUUCACGUCAGCCAUGGGCAUUGAGAAAUUUCUCGACGAUUUUAUUAUCGAACCAGACAAGAUAACGGGACAGCGAUUGCUCACAGUUGUUGCGUUCUUUGCACAAAUAAACCAGAUAUUAGGCGAUGGCCUGUUAACCUACAAUAACGAACGCUAUAAGCAGUUGGCUAAACGUCUGGGUCGCCUGGUUCGGCAUACGCUGCAGUACGUUUUCGACUACCACGAGUUGUUCAUGCACAACAGCGUGGGAAAGUCGCCUGAUUUAUGCGAACGUAUUGAUGUCGAAUUGAAUGCUCUACUCAUACGUGCCUGCAGCUAUAUCUAUCGUACUCGCAAUUUGGCGACCUGGCAAUACUUCUCCACGCUGCCUUAUAGCGUCCUGGACACUGAAGCUAUUUGGCAUUUAUUCUAUUAUCUGAAUGUGGGCUUUCCAAAUGACCUGACCACAGAAUUGGUGGUGGAUCCUGCAGAGGCCUUUCACGCGGAUGAGUUUUGGACAAAAUUUAAUGUGGCCAAUGCCGAUGUGGCGCCCGAAGAUAUGUACUAUCUACUGCAAGCUUUCUUCGAAAUGGCCAAUAAGAGGGAUAUAUCCAAGGACUGGGAGCUCAUUAAGUGUAUUUGCCUGCACAUAUUCAAUAUUGGCUUUAUCAACACUUCAACGCGCGAUGUUUGCUAUAAGACUGCGCGCGAUAUGUUAGUCAAUAUAACGUUGGCCUAUGAAGAUCUUAUGGCCUGCCUGCUGCUGCAGCUGAAAAUUCGAUUCAUGGACAUCGAGAAGGCGCCUUACUUGUUCAGAUCGCUGCCACUGGAAAACUGGAAGCCUGGCAUGGAAGACUUUGAAGUGCUUUCUAACUGGCUGCUCCAUUUCUCGUAUACGUCGCCUGAGAAUAUGCUGGCACGUCUAGUCAUCAGCCACCUCAACUGGGGAUUCGAUGACGAUGGGCGCCUCUUUCUGCCCCAUAACAUACAUGUGCGUAUGGCCUGCCUUAUAAGCGAAGCUCAGAUGAAGCACGCUCCUGAAGUGCUUGGCCAGUCGGGCAUAUCAGAGAGUGUGCGUCAAGUCUCGUCGCUAUUGGAUUUUACGCAGUCCACUAGAGAACAGUUUACCGAUUGGUGCUGGAGUAUGAUUUCCAUAUUGCGGUUGCAUCUGACGGACCAGAGCGUUGAGUCAGUAAAGCGAACACUUCAAAACCCGACAGAACCUCUGCUCUACGUCCCGGAACUCGAUCGUAUCGACUGGAUCUUCCAGGCCGUCAACGAAAAGCGCCCAUUGGCAUUAUUUGUGGCUGUGCUGGUUAGCCUUCACGGACAUUCCAUACCCUUGAUAUGCCAGAAGGGAUUUGAUUUACUGCAGCAGCUGCUAACAGAUCAUCGACACGCAGCUGUCAUUCGUUGUAUAGAACUUAUAGUGCCGCUGUUUCUCGAAACACCUGAAACUUUGGCCAACUGCGAAGGUUUUCAAAAACUUCUACAAACACUGCUCAAUGCAGACAAGACCUAUCUAAAAGUAGCGAAAGACAUGGUCUAUGUGAAUUCGGUGGGACCCGUUUUGGAGUUGUUUGACAACAUGUUGCACCAUCAAAUUACGUCCUACACUAGCUAUGGACUUUACUCGCCAUUGAACAUUAUAAACGUGUGGCUCAACUGCUUUACUGCACUGCCUGGUUGGUCAGUAAACACCUACCUUCUCUAUUUGCUGGACAAGAUGCUGCGCAUUGCCUAUCAAUUUACCUACUGUCGCGUACAGGCCGUAGAAUUCUUCUACAACCAUUUUAAGGAUUGUGAGGAUUGGAAAGUAGUACCCAAGCCCUCUGCCCUUAAAGCGUUUUUCGGGACUCAGUCCGCCGCCCGCAUUCCCACGCUUUCUCCACAGCAUUGUUGGCUCAACUUGGUGCUACUCGAGAUUGAGUUUCGGCUACACGAUAUGCGGUAUUGGCCGGAACUACUGCGCCAGCUGGCCACUAGCGAGCCAUCAAGCAGUCAAAUGGACGUAGCACUCAGAAAAACAUUAGCGCUAACUAAAACGGCUUCCUUCCCCCCUCACAUGUUGGUGCUGUAUAAGUAUGCCAAUCUUAUAGCCGGAAUGGAUGUGACGCAUGCCCUCUUUCCUAUCAUCAAUCAGAAGUUUUUCGAACUUUUUUUGUGGCGCGUUCCUAUUGAUAGCGAAGCGCACAGCUUCAUUCACAAUUUUGGGGUGUCGGAUAAAUUCUACGACCACAAUAUAUCGCUGAUGAAGCGCAUAAAAACACAGCUUAAAGCUGCCGAGAACCACUAUACUAGCGAGGCAGCAAAGCGUGCACAGGACGAUGCAGCUGGUUAUUUUUAUCGCAGUUGUGCCAAGCUGAUGAGAAACUUCACACUCUGGCUUGAGGACACAAAUAUAAACAAAUAUUCUAGAGAUACAGAACAAUUACCAACGCAGUUUAACAGUGAAAAGCUGCGCGAAUUGCUCAAUGGCAAUGCUAGCCACUGGACAGAAUUCUUAAACCCGAGUACUAUUCGUAAGGAACAGUGCCAGCAGGCGGACAACUGGACGCGCAAAUGUUUCCGAAUGCACGCGCAAAAACAGCUUCGUAGUCCUCUGCAGCCAAAGGCACGAGGUACGACCAUAGAGCGAAUCAAGAGUCACCUUAGUUCGUACGAUAAACGACAACCACCUCCUGCGUACUUCCGCCCAGACCUGUUCAAGCAGCGACCUAUUAAUAAAAAAACAUUGAAGGAGCUACAACGCCGAAUUCAAACGCUAAACAGUACCGCCAACAAAUUCCAUUACAAUAGCUCAGAACUCGACUGUCUGAACCGAAACUACUUGGACCGUGUGCCGGCUCUCUACCAGAUGGUGCCUUACAACGAGACCCGCAACAAGGAGUGCGACUCCCUUCUUUUCAAUCGCAAGUGCACGCGACCGGCGCAGAUUACACUAGUGCCUGAACACAUUCGUCGCAAUGAUCAGAUCUCACGGAAUAUGGAUGUCAACAGAGAGCGGCAUGAUAAAAUUAUCGAGGAGAUGUUGCAGCUUAAUGUGGACGGAUUUGCACAGGCCAUCGAGGAGCUAGGUGGAUGCAUUAGCUUGCUUCUACAGGCAGAGCAGAACAAGCUGGUCACAGAAAUCGGCACCGACUUUUUCUAUCACGUAGUGGAUAAUAUGACAGAUAUCACAAUGAAGUUUCAGCCCACUAACGAUUUAUACUGCCGUGUAUUGGAAGAGCUGGGGGUUUUCAUACAAUCAAAUCAGGAGACACAAGGCUUAAAUAUCCUUCAGUUGGCACUGCGACGCGGGGAUCUCAUUAAAGUGUUCUCCGGAGUCUUCGUGCCCUGCCAAACCAGCCCUAAAUAUUUUCUGCAGAUGUAUCAGUUUCUUAUCGACUCGCAUCUUAAGCGCAGCGACCCCAAAAUCCUUUUUGUUCUGCUAUCGAAAUUCGAUUUGCUUACCUGGCUAGAGACAUUCCAACCAAAGCUAACUGAGAUAAACCAGCUACUUCUGCUGGUGCUGCAGGGCCUUGAGUCGUGGUCUCAGCCGGACAGUAGCCUGCUGCAGGAUCAGUUUCGUCGCCAAUUGGUACAUAUCUUUGGGUAUGACUUUCCGCAACACUAUGGCGAAGUCAUGCAGUUAGUGUUGGAUAGGAUCUCAGACCAAAAGUUGAUGUCGGUUGUGUUGCUAGAUUUGUUAAACGCGUUGCUAGACCGCGGUAACUGCGGAUCCUCCCUGACUUUGGACAGUAACGAGCUCCAGCUCAAUAAUACAGCAAUGGACUUUUCACGCCGGCAAAAGUUGUUCAACCUGAAAGCCGGCACGGACACAUGCUCGCUCUUAGCUCGCCACUUCCAAAAGGAGAGACUUCAUCACGGCCUGCACGGGCUGUAUCCUAAGCACAAGGACUAUUGUCCAGCGCUUGCUAUGUGGUUCACCUGCUUCUGUCAUGUGGUGUUAACCGCGUCUAUUUGUGUAUACCAGGAAUUGUUGGCCGAUCAGAUCAGCGACAUUGUUUUUGGAGCAAUCAUAGAAAUGUUUGCGCCGUGGCUCAUCAUCUAUACUGAUCAGACGACACAGCAGGUCUCCGCGGCAAAUUGGAUCCGACAAUUGUCGGCCCAGGGUAAAAUGCUUUUGCCCUGGAGCGAGGCGCACGUUACAACGUGCAAGAUAAUUAUAAGAUCAUUCAUCUCCAUCGUGCAGUACGUGCUGGAGUAUUUGCCAUCGUCUCCAAAAAUUUUGGAGCACGUGUUUGCCUGGUAUGUGCAUCACUUUGCGCUGCCAAACGUGGCUGGCUAUGUGUUGGCGCCGAUUCACGAUGGACUGUCUCAGCUACCGUGGGAGCGAUUCACACCCAAGGUCAUGCAUAUCGACCAGCUGUAUGACAGCGUGCAAAAAUACGUUCCCGAGUCGCAUGCUAUGCUGGGCCAUAUCUUUAUACGGAUCGACUGGAACGGCUGGUUUUCAGAGAUGCCGAUAACAACGCCUACAGCAACAGUAUCACGAUUAUUUGUGAUUUUCGUAAAGCUCGCUUUUGAACCGAACAUACACAUACAUCCCAAUACAAGCAAAAUCCUAGAGGACGCCAUUAAUUAUCCUUGGAAUUUGGUGGAAUUCAAUGAAUUGGAGCAGCUGAUGAAGUGGUUCGUGGCCACUGUGGAGCCGGCCAUCGUGCUCAAAUUGCCGUCGGAGAGCAAUUACGCUGAUCGUGCUGUUCUGGAUCUGCUACGUCUUGGCUGCGCCAUGAUGCCGGAACGUGGUGCACCGAAAUCCAUCAGUCAAGCAACUACGAAGCGCAUGCUCUAUACGAGAUCUUACAUCUGCAUGCAACGUGCGUGUGGGGCGAAGCAUAAAAAACUGCUAGCAACAAAGGAGGGCGAGCGCGCAUUCAAUGCCGCCUUCGUGGAGCUCUUAAACAGCAUAGACCACGCUAUUUCAGCCACCAAUGAGCAGCACACGCAAGAGGAGCAGCGAAGGGAGGCUCUCAAUUUGAUGCUGGAAAUCGUAGCACCAACCCAAACACAAAGCGAGGAGAUAUCAAACAUGCACAUUGAUGCUCUGGUGCAUUGGCAGCUUCAGUGUCCACCGGCCAAUCCGGUGAUGUGCGCCGCGCUCUCAGCCAUUGGCCAUUUGAAUACUUACAUCGCUUGCAUUUACUCUUUGCUGGAGACGAGCAUCGAGUGUUACUUUCGAACCUCCUCAGAUUUAAGUCCUUGGCACGCACCCACCUGGCGUGAUUUGUUUCAGGCGUUACAUAUGUCGUUGCCCAAACUAGAUCUAAUGCCAGUCAUGCGAGGGGGCUACUUUUUCUCGCUGCACGUGUUCGUACUUUAUAAGAUGGAGGAGAUGGAAAACGUUGGCGAGAAAAUUACUUUUUUGCAGGACCUAACACAGUUGCUUGAAAAUUUAAAGACAACCCCGCAGACUGAACCCCGCCUAUCUCUGGUCUGGGGUCUGAUUAUAUCUCGCGGCUGCCAACUGCUGUCCCUUUCAGAACAUGCGAAAAAACCGCUAUGCAUGCUGGCACGUCAUUUGCAAGUAGCGUCCACUAAAUCCGAGGGCUGGAGUGAUGGCUUGCUGGGCGCCAUUGGACUGAAAACCGAGGUCAUCACAAACAGACGAAAGGUGCUGACCCGCUGCCUAGCCUGCAUUAUUUACUCCUUGUUUCCGGCGAGCAUAAACGCACGUCUGCCCUGUGAGGAAUAUGAGAGCGGCAUGCGUGAGUUAACCAUGCUGUUGGCUAAUAAAAAGUUUACUGAUGUGAAACAGUUAAUUGUGAAGGCUGUAAGUAUUCUUAAGGAGCAGCCAGUCCCCGAGAUGCGUGCGGUACCGCAUAUGGUAUGCCGCUUAAUUGACGUCUUCUAUGAACAAAGUUUUCUAGCGACAAUACCCGAGGUCUGGGAUUUUGACUUUAAGCUCAGAGCUUCUUAGGUACAUAUACAUAUAUAAUUUUUCUUAUUUUUAUAUGGUUAGUAUCUUAUGGCUUUUAAAUGGAAAUAAAGUUAGCAUGAAGCACUUUUGAAAUACAUAUCUAAA